AUGGAAUUUAAUGCCCAAAAAAGUGUGUUUGAUUUGGUCAGACUAUCUUUUCCUUAAUAAACGGAAGAAAAUACUCUAAUAAAUUACAAGUCAUAUUUGUAUAGGAUUUUGAAUCUCAAAACAAAAUAUUCAGAAAUGGAUGAUAUGGUAAUAGAGAAGGAAAUCAAUGAGAUUGAGAAUAAAGUACUUUAAAGUAGAUUGAGAGAAUGCAUAUCCAAAUUGAAAAAAUCAACAAUUCAAAAAAAUUAAGAAAUUAUUCACUUUGUAAUCAGAGUAAGUUAGUUGGGAAAAUAAGAGAUCUUGAAUAACAGUUAAGUAAAGCCCAUUUUCGAAAAUUCAAAUCACUUGAAGUAAUCAAUGGAAAUUGAAAAUCAAUAGACAACAAAUCAAACAAUCAACAAAAUUGAAAACAGUUUAAUAAAAAGUGUGAUAGUAGAGAGAUAACAAAAUAGUAUUGCUUAAGAAGUGAAUGACAGAGAUUUGAUGAAAGAUUUACUAUUUUGUCUAUAAGGAAUAGAGGGCUAAUACAUUUAAUAUGAUGCAUCCACAGACUCAUUUUGUCUAAGGAAAGAUGUGAAUGUGUCAAUAUCAGUGCGUCAAUUAGUAAACUUGAUUUCUGAAUGCGGUUGGCUAUUCAAGAAGAUCUCCUCUUUUUGUUAAAUACAACAAUCAAAUCUGAUAGUCUAGGCACUUCAAAAUGUAAUCAAAUUGGAAUUGUCUGAAUAUUACAAAUUGAUAGCAAAUCUUGAGGGGUUAAUCCUAUCAUCGUAAUUGAUAACUUUUAAGAGAAUUCACUUCCAUCUCCAAUCCUCAUAUGACUAUAUGUUGUUCAUUAAUCAAUUACUUUCCAUAAUCUAAACAAGCAAUCCCCUUGGAACCACAUCCUGUUUAAUCAUCAAUGUAUUGGAGCAAUUUUCAAAACAUGGGUGUUCUUAGACAGCAGAAUUAUUUAUGCGCUUACAAUAGGCAAGUUGUUAGCCAUUAAUGAAGUACAUAAAUGAAUGGAUGUUUGAAGGCAAUCUCCUAGAUAUUGCAAAUGAAUUCUUUAUAGAAAGAGACGAUUAAAAGGUACUGACUAAGGAUUAAGGAGAGUUGUGGAGAAAAUAAUAUAGGAUUAAUUAUGAUAAAGUCCCAGUUGUUAUUUCAUAUGAUGAAGCAUAUAAGAUCUAUGACACGGGCAGGGCAAUAAAUUGGUUGAGAAAACAAUGCGAUAAUAAGAAUUGGUAUUUGGACAUACAGCCAUUGACUAUCAAUAUGCUUUAGACCAAGGAAUUAUCAUAGUUAAUUAAUCAAGCAAACAAAAACACAAAUACACAAUUAGUCAAUUUAUUAUUUGAUAAAUUCAAAUUAAUGGACCAUUUUAAGAUGAUUAAAUAGUAUUUCCUAUUGGGUAAUGGUAAUUUCUCUUAGUUAUUGAUUGAAACCCUGUAUACAGAAUUGUCAAAAAAUGCUCAUUUAGUGUAUAAACAUACAUUGACUGGUUUGGUAGAAUCCACACUCAGGUUGAGUAAUGCCAAUUCGAUAAUCUAAUAGAGAUUGUCAGUCAAAUUGCUGGAAGCCUAGAAAAAUGAUAUUGGUUGGGAUAUCUUUUGUUUAGAUUAUGAAUUCGAAGAGCCACUAAAAACAAUCUUCAAUCAUAGAACUAUGCUAAAUUAUUAUAAAAUAUUCAAUUAUUUAUGGCGUAUUAAAAGAGUUGAACAUACUCUCAUCUAAUCAUGGAUGUAAUAAAUUAAAAAUAAAUAUCACUUAAAUGCAAAAUCUAAUGUAAAUAAGGCUCUUAACUUGAGUCUGUAAAUCAUGAAUUCAAUGAUCCAUUUUAUUAAGAAUUUCUUUAGUUAUUUAAUGUUGGAUGCAAUUGAGACUCCCUGGAAAAAAUUCAUGGAUCAAAUUAAUUAAAUAGAAAAUUUAGAUCAUCUCAUAUAAUUGCAUGAAUAAUUGUUGAAUGAAAUCAUUGAUAGAACAUUUUUACAUUAAAAACAAGAAGAAAUUCAGAUCAUCUUACUAAAACUAUUCGAAAUAUCAUUCAGAUACAAGUAGAACUUAGAAAAUCUAUUUCUGUAUGUAAGAGAAUUGGUGGCACAAGAUAGAAGUGAUAAAUUUGAGUAAUCAUUGGAUUCAAUAAUCUCGCAUAAAACUACACCCUCAUACAACAUCAAUAUUGAUAGAUAAUUUAAGGGAUAAGAAAUUAUUAAAUUACUAUUGUAAUUGAGACAAAUGUAUAGAGAAUAAACCUUGGAAUUGAUUAAGCAUCUCUAAAAUGAGGAAAAAUUAAAGUUCUUGUUAUUCAAACUUGAUUUCAAUGAAUAUUACUACCUAUUGUCAUAAGAGAAGCUAUUUUCUUUAGGAUUUGAUAAAUUUUUACAACAAUGCCUUCCCAUAUCGAUAAAGGAAACAGGUAGUUAGAAGGUAAUAUCUGAUUAGCCUUAACCUUAAUAAUAAAAGCCAUUGUUGUCGCAAUUAAGCUAAAAGUCAAUGACUUCUAUUUAACAAGACUAUAUCUAGAUUAAAGAAGGAAUAAGACUUCUAGAAGAAUAAAAGAAAUAGAAAGAAUAGCAAUCAAAGAUAUUGAAACAGUCUUAACAAAGAGAAGUGGUUUAAGAAUUACAAAAACCAAUUUCUAAACCUCCUUUGCCAUUCCCCUAACCACAAUAACCUAUGCUUUCAAUGAGUCCAAUUAAUAAAUAGUCUACUACAUCCUCUGUCUCCUCUAGUAAUAUUUUCUAGCCCCAACCCUUGUAGAACUUCUAAUAAUAAUUUGAGCAAUAAAUUCAAUAAUAGCAAUAAAUCAAUCAAAGACUUCAAUAGUUGCAACAAUAAUAAUAAUAGAUCUAACAAUUUCAAUAGCUACAAUAGCAACCACAAACAAAACAAACAGCAUUGCCUAAAUUUAUUAAUUCAUCCUCGCAAAUGUAUUAGGUCUAAUAAUCAUAUCAACCAAACUUCAAUAAUUCUGUACCUUUUUCCCAAAAUUAGAGCUAAUCUCAGAUUAGUAUUUUGUAACCUAAUAGAAAUGAUUUAUCGUUGUCAUAAGAUGAAAAUUUACAAUAAUUAAUGGAUAAACAGUUCAACGUCGAUGAUGAUAGCAGUGAUGAAGAUUUAAUCUGA